ACAAGCAGAGCCCUGGUCCUCUUCCCAAGCCUCAGAUUAAUUAAAACUGUAGCGCCGUUUCGCUCCCGCGCUGGCGCGCUCACUCGUUUUUCGGCUCUCUCCUCGUCUUCUGAACCCACUCUGUUUUCGAGCUUAAAAGGAUUCCAUCAUGUCCCAUUAAACGGUCGAUGGAACCGACGCCUAGGGUUUCGCCUCCACCGACGGUCUGGAUACAUCGAUGGGCGCCCUGACAGAUCACCGGAAGCGCGCUCGCGCAGAUCUAAAAAGAUUUUUCCCUCUCGCUCUUCUCUCCUUCCUCCAAAAACCCCGUCCACGUCCACCUCCGUCGUUGUGAUUCGCCGCCGCCGCCUUCUCUAAGCACUUGCGCUCUCCUCCUCCCCCAUCCUCUCUUCAACCCCCGCUUUCCGCUCUUCGUUGCAUCAUCCACGCUCCGCAGCGCAUCAUCCAAUCCUUUAGCCUCUGUUCUUCGUCCACUUAGAGACCGAGACACUCAAACGCUGCGAAGAUGGGUAAUUUCUUAUCGAGGAAGGGUGAUGACAGGGUCUACUUGAAUGACUUCAAGAGGAGUCAUAAGCGUUUUUCACAAGAACCAUUAGGUCUUCCGUUUCUAAUUCGAAAGGAUGAUAGAGGAUAUUCUGCUUCUGUUUUGAAUAGGAAGUUUAAACCCAAGGAUGAUCGUAAGGAGCUUUUUCAUUCUCUUAAAUAUGAAGAUGAUGAAGAGGUAUUUCAUGCCUUCCAUUGUUGCAAUAGCCAUGAAAUUUUAGUCAGACAUGAACCCUCAAAUAUUGUGAUUUCUUGGGGGGAUUUGCAAUGCUUGAGACCUGGUGCUUGGUUGAAUGAUGAGGUCAUUAACCUUUACCUGGAGCUAUUGAAGGAGAGGGAAAGAAGAGAACCUGAAAAGUUUUUGAAAUGCCAUUUCUUCAAUACCUUUUUCUUUGAAAAGUUGGCCAAUGGGAAGAAUGGCUACGAUUUCGAAGCUGUAAGAAGAUGGACUACAAAAAAGAAGCUGGGUUAUACCCUUAUUGAAUGUGACAAAGUGUUUGUUCCCAUACACAAAAAGAAACAUUGGUGUUUAGCUGUUAUCAAUAUAAAGGAUGAAACUUUCCAGUAUCUUGAUUCUCUUGGUGGCAAGGAUAUUCAUGUGCUAGAAGUAUUGGCAAGAUAUUUAAUGGAGGAAACGAGAGAUAAGGGUGAUACAGAGAUUGACAGUACUUCCUGGAAGAAAGAACUAGUAGAUGACCUUCCCCUACAAAAGAAUGGGCGAGUGGGAUUGUGGGAUGUUCAUGAUCAAGUACACAGACUUCUAUAGCAGAGGUUUGAAGCUGUGCUUCAGCCAGGAGAAUAUGGAUUACUUCAGGAAGAAAACAGCCAAAGAGAUCCUCAGAAGAAGAGUUGAAUAAAACAGAUUGCAAUUACUUGGAUUGCUUCAGUUUACUUUGGAUGAACUACUAGUCGGAGCAAAUUGACUGAAGAAACAGUUAUGUUGGAUGUCUACGAAUUGUAUGAUAAACACCUUGUUUUGGAUUACUCCUACACAAGUUCGGAGAGUGGGGAAAUGGGUUGGGCUGUGGCUGAUUAACAGAGGCCAGAUCGUUUUGUCAGGGAGAUUCAAGAUGCAUUUUUAUGUUUCAAGGACGAUAUUUAAUAGGUUAGUACGAUUUUUUAGCCCUCUUUCGCUCUCAAUUAUUUGCCGAUUAUGUUGUUUUUUAUAGUAUAGCAACUAAGGCUUACCAAUCUUUUUAAUUGGUGUAUAGUGUUUUAACUAAGAAAAUUUUUGGGUCAA